AUGUGGAACCGAAGCAAAGUCGAGAAUGGCCAAGCGCUGGCAAGAGAUGACAUCAAUCGUGACGGGCCGGCCUGUGUCAGCAGUACAGAGUCAGCAGAUAGGAGUGACAGCCCGGAUUUAACUCUUGACACCCACCAUGACUUUCGAAAAAACCUACCUGAAAAUUCCUUCUGCAACGAAAGGAUGGGAUCUCGAUGCAUGGCAAUACCUCCCCAUAUCAUCCUCGAGCACGCGACUGCCCGUCAUCGUUAUGUAUGCUUUUUCCGUCGCACAUCCGACGCGCUCGCCAAGGCUGAAAUUCAUCCAGGGCUCACGGUCUCUCCGCGGAUAAGACGAUGGGACUUGAAGCAUACGGGGAGGCCUUUUCGACGGCGGGAUAUGGGUGCAUUGUGUUUGACUACCGCCGUUGGGGUACUUCUGGCCAAUGGUGCGCCGCGGAACGUUGUGGUUGUAAAGGAGCAGCUGGAGGACUACCGCACUGUCAUCAAAUACGCGAGACAACAGGCGCAAUUUGACCCGCAGCGAGUGGUCAUUUGGGGAUCCAGUUUUUCUGGCGGGCACGCGAUUACGCUGAGCACCCAGCCUGCUGUCAAUGCCUGUGCUGCUCUUGCCCAAUGCCCUUACGCCGGUGUCUAUCCUUCGAACCCAUUCGGCUGGACCUAUCUCAUGACGGUUGCUUUCAUGCUGCUGGAUCUCCUUAAACAAGCACUUGGCCUUCCUCCCGCGUACAUUCCUGCGGUUGCAAAGCCAGGUGCAGUAGGCGCGCUUACGAGUGAGGGCACCGUUACUGGGAUGAUGACCCUUGUAUCACCUGAGUCGCAAUACACCAACCAAAUUUCUGCAUCUUCACUCUUACAAAUACCGCUGUAUCAACCUCGCUCUAAAGCGAAGGAAAUCGCUUGUCCGUUACUCCUCUUCGUUCCCACCAAGGACAACCUUUGUCUUCCCGCUGGUGCGAGAGAGGUCGCGGCCACUGCUCCAGAGGGUCGUUGCCAGCUGGUGGAAGCUGAAUGCGGCCACUUUGACAUUUAUCACGGAACUUCGCACUACAAACAGGCUCUUACUGCGCAAUUGGCAUUCCUUGCAAAACAUGUACCGCUUUGA